AUGGGCUCUGAUCCGAGAUCCGAAACGAAGCCUGAAUCCAGCUUGCGAGAGCUUCGACCUGGGUCCAGGAAACAACCGUCGAAACAAGAUGCCCCCAGUACAACCGCAUCGAUGCUGCGGCUCUCGUUGUGGGUCUCUUUUGCAGCGUGGAUAGCCAAUUUCGACAAUGGGUAUUCCGGGACCGUCCUCAUCAUGCCUUCGUACAAGCGAACCUUUGGAAGCUGUGAACAAGUGAUUGACCCGGAAACGUACGCCAAUAUCGAGCAUUGCACACUUACGCCACUGCAAGAGUCUUUGAUCAGCUUGAAUUACCUGUUUAUAGCCCUCGGUGGCGGGCUCGCAGGCUUGACUGGUCAAUACUGUGGACGGAGAGGCUCAAUUCAGGUCGGAUGCAUGCUGGCGAUCAUCGGUGCUGCUGGGAUGCUCGGUACCAGUGGUAGCUUCCUCUACUACAUGGUGUGUCGGUGCAUCAGUGCCGUAGGAAUUGGCCAUUUGUUGGCAUCCGGUGUGACCUAUGGAUCUGAAUGCAUUGUGCCCAGCAAACGUGGCCUAUCGUUGGGGCUGUACAAUGUUGGCCUUGCCAUGGGGAAUGUUGCUUCUUCGGCAGUCUGUGCUGGGUCUGCACGUCUUGAAGCAGCCAAUAACUGGCAAUGGAAAACGCCGAUUCUGUGCCAGAUUCCACUGGGGCUCAUCCUUGGAGCUGGCAUCUUGAUGCUCCCUGAAUCUCCUCGCUGGUUCAUGGGUCAUGGCCGAGAAGAAGAGGCUAGACAGUCAUUUGGUGUGUUAUACUGCCAAGAUCCUCACUCGUCUGUUGUUUCGGCCCAGAUCGAAGAUAUCCGAUCUCACCUUGCGAGUGAGCGAGCUGGCAAGAAAACAGUCUCUGUUUUCGACAUCUAUCGCAAGAAACACAUUCGUCGCACGAUGACAUCCGCACUGGUCAUGAUCGGACUGGCCAUUACUGGUAUUCAGUUUGUGGUGCCAUAUACUGCUCUAUUCCUGAAAGGGGUUGGCAUGAGUGAUCCAUAUCUCAUCAAUGUCAUCAUUGGUCUAUGCAUUCUUGCAGGAUCAUUCCUUGGUCCAUUUAUUGUUGAGUACGGCGGCAGAAGACCGGCGACUCUAUCCGGCUACGCUAUCAUGGCUAUGUGCAUGUUGAUCCUUUCAUCUGUGAACACCAUCGUCGGAUCAUACACUGGUGCGCGAAUAGCGAUGAUCGUCGUUUUGUGCAUGUGGGCUUUCGUCUUUGGGGCAACCAUUGCUCCAAGUGCGGGGCUUACCUCUGUGGAAAUGCACAGCGUCUCUCUUCGGACUUUUGGACAGGCUAACACAACGGUCCUAUAUGGGAUUUUCUCGUUUGGGGCAACCUUCUGGACGCCAUACAUGCUCAGUCCAAAUCAUGGAGACAUGGGGGCCAGUGUCGGGUACUUCUAUGCAGGCGUCACGGUGGUGGUGACUAUCUUGGUGUUCUUACUGGUACCUGAAACUGCUCAAUUGACCCUUGAGCAGAUUGAUGAGGUCUUUAACUCGGGAAUCAUGGCGUGGAGAACCUCUGUCUCCAAGAACAAAACAGCCACCCUGUCCAGGAAAGGAGACUCUGAGGAUGAGAGCACAGCAGUCUGA